AGUUGACCUCCCUCCGCCCUUGAUGGCCCAGGCAGCUCUGCCUUUGCUCCCGUGUCCAUGCCCAGGCACGAGAAUCCGACGCGCUUACUCAUGUUUAAGGCCCAAGAUCAAGGAAAGCAAAAGGCUACUGAGGAACAUAACGCUAUGUGCCAAAACGAACAUGAGGAAUAUUGUGCUGCUGUUUCUCUUGGUAGCUUUUGGACUUUACUGGAUCCAGUACAAAUCUAGUCCCAAACCUGUAAGGACCUCUAUUGUCCAUCUUUUUGAAUGGCGCUGGAUUGACAUUGCUCUUGAAUGUGAAACGUACUUAGCUCAACAUGGAUUUGCAGGUGUUCAGGUUUCUCCUCCAAAUGAAAACCUUGUAAUUAUAAACCCCUGGAGACCUUGGUGGGAGAGAUACCAGCCAGUUAGUUACAAGUUAUGUUCACGCUCUGGAAAUGAAAGUGAGUUCAGAGAUAUGGUGACUAGAUGCAACAAUGUUGGAGUCCAUAUUUAUGUGGAUGCUGUAUUCAACCAUAUGCUCAACUCCGCAGCUGGGUCUGGCAACCGUGGAAUCUGUAAUAGCUAUUUCAAUGCAGAACACCAUGAAUUUCCUUCUGUCCCAUAUUCGAGAUUCGAUUUUAACGAUCCAAUAUGUAAAACGCCCAGUGGGGAUAUUGAAAACUACAGCGAUCCUAUUCAGGUCCGUUACUGUCGACUUUAUGGACUUCUUGACCUUUCCCAGUGGAAAGACGAUGUGCGUUCAAAAAUAAUAGACUUCUUGAACCAUCUGAUUGACCUUGGCGUUGCGGGGUUCCGAAUUGAUGCUGCUAAGCACGUAAGGCCCGAGGACAUAAAUGUUAUUUUAAGCAAGCUAAAUAACCUCAAUGCCCGAUGGUUCACCAAAGGUUCACGACCUUUCGUCUAUCAAGAGGUAAUUGAUUUGGGCGGUGAAGCAGUCCAAAGCUCUGAAUACUUCAGAAAUGGCCGAGUGACUGAAUUUAAAUAUGGCAUGCAGUUAGGGACUGUUCUUCGCAAAUGGAAUGGACAAAAGAUGGCAAAUUUGAAGAGCUGGGGAGAAAGCUGGCAUAUGAUGCCAUCUAAUAAAGCCUUCGUCUUUGUUGAUAAUCACGACAACCAAAGGGGACAUGGAAGUGGUGGGUCAUCCAUUCUCACUUUUUGGAACCCUAGACUUUAUAAGAUGGCGGUAGGGUUUAUGCUUGCUCAUCCCUAUGGAUUCACACGAAUCAUGUCAAGCUACUGGUGGCCUAAAGAUAUCCAGAAUGGAACGGACUUGAAUGAUUGGGUUGGACCACCAAGCCAUAGUGAUGGUUCCAUUAAACCUGUGACAAUUUAUGCAAAUGAAACUUGUGGCAAUUGCUGGAUCUGUGAGCACCGUUGGGAUGAAAUUCGGAACAUGGUGAUAUUCCGAAAUGUUGUCUAUGGGGAGCCAAUUACAAAUUGGUGGGACAACAAUAACAAUCAGGUAGCAUUUGGACGUGCUGGCAAAGGAUUUGUUGUGUUUAAUAAUGAUGGCAGAAAUUUGUCGGUAAUCCUUCCAACUGGACUUCCUGCUGGGGUUUAUUGUGAUGUCAUUUCAGGACGAAAGGAAGGCAAGAUUUGCACAGGAAUUCAAAUCCAUGUGGCUGCUAAUGGCAUGGCUCAUUUUCAGAUUAAUUACCAAGCAAAGCAUCCCUUCAUUGCAAUUCAUGUUGAAGCCAGACUGUGAUAUAUACUGAUGAACAUUUCUCCUAUUUGAUUGGUUUCUGUUCUCUGUGUAUUAUAAAGCUGCUUUUAUACACGAUUAUUUAUUACUUGUACAGGGUGAUUUUAUCAUAACUCAGGAUGUUACACAAUGUAAGACAAUUUACAGCAAUGCAGUUCCAAACAAUGCCAAAAACAUGUGGAAUAAAAUAAUAAAAACUUUUAACAGACCAGUUAUCCUGCAAGGAAUCCAUUUCCAUCCGUUUCUAAUAUAAGACCUGGGAGAAGAGCCAUGCUGUUAAGGAUUGUUCAAAUAUAGUCAGUGAAGUCCAUGUGAAUAUCUGGAGGAAGAGUAUAAUAUCAAAGAGCAAUAGAAAUAGAAUAGCACUUAUAUACAGCUUCACAGUGCUUUACAGACCUCUCUAAGUAGUUUUUACUGAGGCAGCAUAUUUCCCCCAACAAUCUGGGUCCUCAUUUUACCAACCUCAGAAGAUGGAAGGCUGAGUCAACCUUGAGCCAGUGAGAUUUGAUCUGCCAAACAAGCAAUACAAUAGAGACGGUUUGCUACCUGAGUCUUACCAGGUGACAUUGUAUGGGAUAGAUUAAAACUAUAGAAGAUAGAUGGCCUCUCAAACAAUUAGGCCUUAUGUCAUGAAGUGUUUUAUAAAUGAUAAUACCUUGAAGUGCAGCCUGAAGCUUACUAGUAACUAGUGCAGUUUACAAAACAGAUUUGUUCCGUGGACAGAUUGUGGCAUGCCCAUAACUGUCUGUACCAUUGUAUACUGGACCAGUUUCAGACCUAGUCUUCAAAGAUGACCAUACGUUGAAUGCAUUGCAGUUGUCCAAAUACAAGGCAAGCAAAGCCUGAGUGAUUGUCCUCCCAGUCUAAGUAUGGACACAAUUGGCCUGUAGAGGAAUUAUGCAAGGAAGACCUUCAAAGAAAACCCCCAAAAUGUGUGCCAAAGUAAAGGAAGAAAUACAAAUUUUUGCAGUAAAAACUGCAUUUCCAGUUCUGGGUAGUCCAAAUACCCCAGGGCAUUAGUCUUGUUGAAACUGAGAUCGUUCCUCCCCAUUCAGACCCACACAACCUUCAGUCACUGAGAUAAGAUCUUGAUAGCAUCACUUGUUCAGCCUAUGGUUGAGAUUUAUCAUGGAGUAUCAGUGUACUGAUGAUAUCUGACUCCAAACUAAUGGAUGAUCUCAUCCAGCAUCUCAUACACUAGUAGAUACUAAAGGGAGGAGCAAGAGUUUAAGGCUCUGAAGCACCCCACAUAUCAGGGGUCUCUGGCUUGAUUUCUCCUCCCUGCCAAUACUGAUUAGACAAAGAAGAACAAAAACACCAGGUUUCCCAUGUCUAAUCCCUCUUGGUUCAGAAAGAUAUGUUCUAUGGUACUGAUACUUGCUGAAAGAUUGAGGAAAACCAGGAUAGUUGCAAUAGCCCAUUCUGGCUGCCUCACAUAUUAUCUGCAAGCAUAAUCUGUGUCACUUAACAUGCUGUGAAACCUUCCUGGAAGUUUAUUCAAAAAUAAAUGCCAUUUAUAGCUCAAUCCUCUUGUUCAUAUUGUUAAUUAAACUUUGGAUGCCUUGUCCAUACCGAGACACCCUGCAGAGUCAUUCCAAUAUUGGACCCCGAUUCCUGCUAGCUGGGUGUUCUUGGAAAACCCACAAACAAGAUAUGAAGAUGGUUACUCUGUCUGUCUCCCAAUAAGCAAUUUUUAUGAGAAUAGCUAAACAGGGUGCUCAAAUUUUAUCUCUUGUAACUUACAACCUUUGGACUUUAAAAUGGACUUGACUGAUAUUUGUGGAAAUUAUUUUGAACCUUUGGGGGACUGAUGAAAAACUUUAAUCUCCUGAUAAGAAUUUUUGUCACUCCAGGCCAUUAAAGCUGCUCCUGCUAAUCAGUGGGUAUCAAUGGAAAAAGAGGUGUUGAGGUAAAGUCAAAUGUAUCAACUCCCUACCUUUGCUUAGAGGACAGCUGCUUCAGGCCACAGGUUUUAAUGCCAUAGAAAAAUAGCAAGACUUUAUGCCUUACUAUAUUCUGUGUUUAUUAUUAGGGUAAGAGGAGAGUUAUGUGGGUUUUUAUUGGUUCAGACGGCAUUUCUUAGUCUAGGAUGUUAUGUACCUUUUGCCAUUUAAUCUCAAACAGGCAAAUAUAUUGGUUUGUUUCCCUGGCUUAAUGCUAGGCUAAAUUAUGUAUCAUUUCCUGCUAUUUGGGAGAAUAAGUGUUAUAAAAACAAAUUGUUAUAUGCUGGA